UUGUGUCAUGCUUUUUAAAGGCAAAUGCAUUGAAAGAAAGAGUAAAUUGUGAUUAGGAUAUUUUAUAAACUUCAUAAAAUAGAUAUGAUAAAUGCUGUAACUGUUGAUUUAUAAGUAGAUUAGCAUUAUUGUAUAGUACAUAUGGAAUUUGUUUAGUGUAUUUGCUAUAAUAAUGCAAAGAGAAGAAGCAAAAGUCUUUUUUUAAUUUUCUCGCAUUAAUUAUAAUAACACUUGAGAGCUCAAAGUUAUAAUAAAAAUUUCCAUUUCAUUGUGUUUAAUUAAAAUAACUUUUUAAUUCAUGUCAUAAGAAGUUUGUUGUGUCAUUGUAUAUGAUAAUUCUAAAUAUAUAUAUGUAUAUAAUAUAUACAUAUAUAUAUUCAACGGAUAAUAUACAUACAUAUAUAUAUAUAUAUAUUAUAUUAUCCGUUGAAUAUUUAAGCAGUAAUUGAGUAAAAUACUUCACGAGGAAGAAAAUAAAAAGGAACUCAGUUUCAUUUGAUAUAAAGGCGUAACAUAAUCAGCUGUUAAAUUUUUUUGAGGUUAUUUUGUUAAGUCCCUAUUCGCACAGACUUAUUCAGCCAUGCGAAUCCACUACUUACAUACAUUCAAAUCAGUCGUAUGAAUCGGUGCUUGAGGAACGAAGCUGUUGUUGAUCAGGCUGUGAAACAGUUUUAUGCUGAUGGAAACAAUGAGGUACAUACGUGGCUUCUACGGGUGCAGGCUUCUCCGGAAGCUUGGACCUUUGUUUGGGAACUCCUUGACCCUUCUAAGUCGUGGGAAGUACAAUUCUUCGCGGCCACUACUUUAUACGCCAAGAUUUCUAAACAUUGGGACGAAGUGCCUCAAAAUGAGUACCCUGCCCUACGAGACCGUUUGCUCAAUAAUAUAAAACAACCAAAUAUACCAAAGUUUAUUCUAUCAAAGCUUUGUCAGGCAUUAGCUGCAUUCUUAGCAAAUGUUAGUGCUAUGGAAAGUGAGGAAGAGAGUAAAAAUGUUGUCGACGAACUAAUGGGCAUGUUGCCCUUUGAUUCGCUUCCUAUGUUGGAAUUGUUAUUGCGUACACUUUCUCUGUUACCGGUAGAGUUUGAAAGGAGAUACGAAGCGAGAAGAAUAAAACUACGUGAAAAUUUAGUCAAUGGUUGGUGCAAAACAACUUGGCUUCUGCAACAAGUUUUCACCAUGUGCAACCCAAAUUCCCCGGGCAGUGACAGUGGGUUGCAUCUACUGGCAAUGGAAUGUGCGUUAUUUUGGUUGAAAGUUAGUCAAUUACCUUUAGACGCAUCAGAGCAAAUAUAUCAUCAUUUAUUAAUCGCUGCAGCUUACUAUGCACCUAGCAGGGACAAUGCAGAAGCAGAUGACAGCAAAGGUUGGGAAGUAGUUCACGAAUGUUUAAACAUGAUAGUGAACCAUUGCGAGCUUAGAAACAGACCGCAAACAUUAUGGAAUUGGGCACAAAGUUUGGUAACUAUGGCAAGACAAUACAAUGGAAAGUACUUCUGCGAAAUUUUAACUGCUAUGGGAGAGGCACACAGCAGAUAUUUUUUACAUGCUCUAGUGGAAGAAGGGAACGAAACACAAAAAUCGACUUCGGAGGGUUUAAUCGAGUUACUGCUGCAAUGUUCUGAGCAAGAAGGACGGUAUCCAACAGAUGAGACUCGCAGUUGUAUCCCAUUCGGAUUUUGGUACUCAUUACAAGAUGAUAUCAACACUCUCGACGAGCCCUAUGAAAGUCGUGCUUACUUGGUCUUGAAACCUGUGUACGCGAGACUAGCGCAAGCACUGUUGCGUAAAUCUACGCUUCCUUCAUCCCCCAAUGAAGCUGGGGAUGUAAACGAACGAGAACUUUUCAGGUGCUACAGGCAAGAUGUUGCGGAUACCUUAGAAUAUUGUUACAGAGUACUGGGACAAGACUUGCUAGUCCUUCUCGGGCAAAGAUUAAGUCGAACGUUGGACGGUUCAGAGAAAUGGACAGAAGUGGAGUCAACGUUACACGCGUUCGAGGCAUUAGCGGACAGCGUAGAGAUACAAGAAUCACAUUACAUUCCUGCUAUAAUGGAUUUAGUCGUAACUCAUAUUCCGUAUGAUCUCUACCCUCGGGAGGUACUGGCCUGCGUCUGUUCAACAGUGGGAAGGUACGCCGAGUGGAUAGGCAUGCAUCCAGACCCUUGGCUGGAGAAAGUAUUGCGAGUUGUGACAUUAGGUUUAACCAGCGGUUUAGUCACCGCACCUCUCGCUAGCAUGGCCUUGAAGGACCUGGUGAGAGAGUGCAACCAACACCUUACGCCUUUCGCACCUUCUAUCCUCAACAUCAUCGAGCAAACGCUGCCAACAGUUACACCUGGAUGUGCAGAAGGCCUGCGACUGAUGUACGCAGCCGGCAAAUUGUUAAACAUUUUGUCCACCGUGGAAGAAAAGAUAGCUCACUUGGACGCCACGUUGGGUUUAUGUAUAAUAAAAAUCAGAGAGCUAUUGGAGCAACCAUUAUUCGUAGCCCGUGAUGCGGUGACAAACCAAUUGAAAAUGGCUACAAUGUUUUUCUCCACGUUGGAAGGGUCCAUCGGGAAACCUGUGUUGGACGGACUUCUGCCUAUAUUCAAUCAAAUAAUCGGCCAUCCCGAAUGGAGCCAAGACAAUUCCACGUUGGAGGAGAUGUACAUUUGCGCGCAGAAGUCUCUGUUGUCGUUGUUGCAUCCGGCGGUAGACGCUCGACCGCUUCUACCGAUUUUGGCCACAUCGUACAAGAACUGGCCUCAUCCAGCUGCACUGAACCUCCUGCGGCAACUGGUACUGCUGCUCGGCCAAGACCCCGAGAACGCGAUAAACCAUGUCUUCGCAGAACUGAGCUCCGUCACUUUAAGCGGCGUGAGAGCCUGCAGAUCUGUGCGCGGUAACCUAUCCGAUUGGGCGGAACUGAUGGAAUCGUACCUUGGACUACUGGCGCAGAUUUGCAAGAAGAAUUCUAGGAUGUUGUUGCAGGUCCAGGACCAAGUACCUGAAAUGUUACAGUGCGGAAUCGAUUGUCUGACGUUACCAGAAAUCGGGACGGUCAAAGCGUCCGCCUGUUUUCUGAGUCACAUAAUAGACGUUCCGGAAUUUAACACGUUCGUGCAGCAGAUCGGCCCGGAGCUUAUUUUUCUGAUCAUGCAAUGCGUGGCUGGGAGAGUACCACGGAACAACUUAGAUCCAUACGCGGAGGUCCUGGUAGCGUUGAAGAGGCAGUACUUGAAAUGGGUGGGCCAUUGGCUUCGGGACGCGCUCGAUAAGCUCUCGGACGAGUUUUUGGUUUCUCAAGUACAAAAGGAUAUGUUCAUAAGACAGGUUCUUAAAGACAUAAAGAGGCAACGAGCGUGCGACAUCCUGAAAGAGUUCAGCCUGCAGAAUUUGGUGAUGAAAAAGAACACCGGUUGCGUCGAUCAGAAUACUAGAUCAUGAAGUUGCCCCGUGUAAUAAAAAAAAAUACUGCGUGCGUACCGUGUAAAAUAUGUUUCACGACGGAUAGAAUUAAUCAGGGUAACGCGUUUAUCUUUUUAUAUGAUGAAUGAUUUCGAAUAGCGGCCGAUAACGAUGACGAGCAACGGAAAAGAAGUAGGCGUAUGUUACGUAAUGCAAUUAUUCAUUAUUCGUUUUCAUUGAUCAGUGCGUUCAAAAAAAUUUACAAACAUAAUAUAUACGUUCGAUCUUCUCCCCCCUUUUUUUUCUUUUUAUACAUACUUCAUUGUGUCAUACAGAUAUAUUUUUUCUCUCUUUUUUUUUGUAAAUGAAAAU